AUGGUCAUAAACGUCGCUCGUACGUCCAUGAUGCAUGCGACUGCCCCCCAUUUUCUGUGGCCAUUUGCGGUCCGGUACGCGGCGCAUCAGAUCAACCUUCACCCCAGGGUCUCCAUGCCGGAGACCUCCCCAGCUCUGCUGUGGACGGGGAAGGUAGGCGAUGCGUCUGCGUUCCGUGUCUGGGGAUCUCGGGCGGUGGCACUUCUACCACCCCGUGUUCUGUCCUCCCAGGACGUCACGUUUGACGAGUCGCUCCCCUACUACCGUUUCUUCCCCUACCGCAUUCCUUCCCUCCCCCCGCCGCCGCACUUCCUUGUGCCAGACGUAGUCGAGCCGGUCGAGGUUGCUGGUGACUCUGGUACUGCUGCGGGUACUGAGCCUGGGGGUGCUGACUCUGGGGGUGCUGCUCGAGUGGGUGCUGAGCCUGGGGGUACUGAGCCUGGGGGUGCUACGACUGAGGGUGCUGAGCCUGGGGGUCCUUCGCCUGGGGGUGCUGCGUCUGGAGCUGCUGAGCUUGGGGGUGCUGCGUCUGGAGCUGUUGAGCCUGGGGGUACUGAGUCUGGAGCUGCUGAGCCUGGGGGUGCGGAGCCCGCGGCCGCUGGACCUGCUCGUGUGGCGUCUGGCGGUGCUGGGCCUGCUGGUUCUCUAGGUGCUUCGUCUCGGCGGGAGCCACUCUCUCCACAAGAGCUGCGCGAGUGGUUUGCCCGGCGCUGGAGGCGUACUGCUGGAGCUGGUGCUUCUUCGGCUGCUGAGGGUGCUGGUGCUGCCGGUCUCGGAGGUGCUAGCCCUGGGAGUGCGAGUGCGACUGGAGUCGGAGCUGCUGAGGGUGUUGGCGCUGAGGCUACUGCUGUAAGUCCUAGCAGCGGUCAUGCUGCGGGUGCUGCUGGAGGUACUGGAGCUGGAGGUGCUGUUGGCGCUGGUGCUGCCACUGGGGGUGCUAGUGCUGUCCCUGCUGUGUCUGGAGUCGCCGCGCGGCCUCGGCCGUACUUUGUUCCGCUCCUUCAGCAGGUUCUUAGUCUUCCUCCUCCCUUAGAGUGUCCACCACCUAUCCAGUCACAGUCACAGUUACCACCGGCCUCCCCACUGCCUGCUCCUUCUCCCUACACUGGUCCUACUGGAGGUCUUGCUGAGCGUCGUGAGCCUGCGUCUCGUCCUGCGUCGCCGGUUCGUGCUGCUCGCGCUAGUGGUCGCGGUUCGCGUCAGCGUCCUCCUCCUGUCCCUGGCACGCACCGGAUGUCUCUGCGUCCGACCACUGCUCCUCUGCGUGCCCCUUUGCCUUCUCCCAUUGAGUCCUCUCUUCCUGCCCUUGCCGACCCGGAGUCGGACUCUCUUCGUGCUGCCAGUCCUACUGUCACGCGUCUCCUUGCUACUGUCGUCACUGACCCCUCUUUUGAGUCCACUGCUGCGUCUGCUCUUGUUGCUGAACUCGUCGACUUUGCUGCUCGCUGUCGUCUAGACUACGCUGCCAGUCUUGUUGCUGAGUCUGCGUCUGUCUGUCCUCCGUCCGUCGGGGGUGAGUGUGCUCUUGGCACGGACGUCCUUGAGGACAGGCAGGAGGAGUUCCAGUGUCUGGCUGCUGCUUCACCUCAUCUCGUGUCCGUACUGCUUACCCCUGAGGGAGACCCGGAUGCAUUUGACAUCCCGACUCCGCGCUCUUACGCGGAGGCCGUAGAGGGUCCCUACUCCUCUCACUGGCAUGCAGCUAUGGAUGCAGAGAUGGCUUCCUUGAAGUCCACAGGCACCUACGUUGACGCGGUUCCCCCACCUGGGGCGAACAUCGUCAGUGGCAUGUGGAUCUUCAGGGUGAAGCGGCCGCCGGGCUCUCCGCCUGUCUUCAAGGCGCGGUACGUGGCUCGUGGCUUCAGUCAGCGGCAGGGAGUUGACUACUUUCAGACCUUCUCUCCCACCCCGAAGAUGACCACUCUUUGGGUGCUACUACACAUAGCCGCUCAGCGUGACUACGAGCUUCACUCCCUUGACUUCCUGCAGGUCUACGGUCUCCGCCAGGCACCGCGCGAGUGGCACGACACACUGAGGACUACGCUUGCGGCUCUUGGGUUUGCUCCCUCUACUGCUGACCCGUCGCUGUUUCUACGCACCGACACCUCUUUGCCGCCGUUCUACAUCCUCGUGUACGUCGACGACUUGGUCUUUGCCACUGCUGACACUGCUGGACUCGCCCACGUGAAGUCCGAGCUGCAGAAGAGACACACGUGCACAGACCUGGAGCACAUGGCUGCAGCGAAGAGUGUAUUGCGCUACUUGUGCAGUACGUCGGGCAUGGGGCUAGUGCUUGGAGGGCGCAGUCCAGUGGUCCUCACUGGGCAUGCAGACGCUUCUUGGGCAGACGACCAGGCUACGCAGCGGUCGUCACAGGGUUACACCUUCAGCCUUGGUUCCGGCUCUGUUUCGUGGCGGGCUACUCGCUCGUCUUCUGUUCUCGGCUCCAGUUGUGAGGCCGAGAUCUACGCCGGGGCCAUGGCUGCACAGGAGCUUCGCUGGCUCACCUACCUGCUGACCGACGUUGGAGAGCCGCCUCGUUCUCCUCCAGUCCUGUACGUAGACAACAAGGCCAUGCUGGCCUUGUGUCGAGAGCAGAGACUGGAGCACAGAACAAAGCACAUUGCUCUUCGCUACUUCCUUGCUCGUGAGCUACAGCAGCGUGGUCAGUUGCGGCUUGCGUACGUGGCCUCUGAGGCCAACACUGCUGAUGUUUUCACCAAGGCACUUGCGCCUUGUCAUCAUCAGCGCUUCUUUACUCAGCUUGGUCUUGUGCCUGUCUUGCCUCACUUGCUCACUUCUUGA